AAUAUUAAUAAUCGGAGUAAAUCUAAGAUUAUAAGCGAAUAUAUAAAAAAAUGUCUUCAACAAUUUUGAUAAAUUAUUUGAUUUUAUUUUGUUUAUUAUUAAACAAUGAUUUUAUUAAUGGUGAAAUGAAAAUAUCGAAUGAUUUUGCUGAUAACAAUAAAUUUUCUCGUUUAAAAACAAAAUUAAGUUCAAAUUUAAAUAUUUUAAAACAAAAACGUCAGGUUUAUUUUUAUUAUGAUGAUAUUUCAGAAUCAAGUGAAUCGGUAACAAGUGAUUACUUUUAUGACAAUUCCGAAGAAACAACAAGUGCAACACCAUUAUAUGCAGAGGCAACAACAAUAUCAAAUUCAAUUAAAAAAUAUAACUUUACAAUAGAGCAUUAUUCAGAAAUAUUUGAAAGAAAUUUUAAUUACUCUACUGAAUCAUUAGAUGAUUCAAAAGAAAAAAAAAUUGAUUAUGAAAAUUUUGAAUCUGAUUUCAAUUCUAGUGUUAGAAAUAAAUUAUCAUUAAUUAUAAUAUUUUGUAGUGGUCUUGCAUAUAGUUUAAAAUGUUAUAAUAUUUUAUAAAUUUCAA